ACAUUAUAGGAGGCGUUGGCUGGGCUGAUAGGUUUGGCUAUGCUCUCUCCUAACGUUUUUCCUGCUCCACGGUUUUGAGUUGGAGCUGCUUGUGCCAGGGGCCGUAGUUGUGCAUUUAAUUUAGCAAGUUCUGCGUUUAGCCGCUUGGUUUUUAAGUUUAGUGCCUUUGUGUUCCUCCGCUGGUGGAAAUGUGCUCCGCGAACCUUGUUUUAUAAUGGAACACAGGGACAAAAUGGGUGGCUCAUCAACUGGUGUGCGCUUCUCCAGUUCGCCACUGCCGUUGCCAACGCCCAACCACCUCGAGAAGCGCAGUGCUAAGGACAAAGGAUCCAAGUUUCUGAGGCGCCUGGUUCAUGUGCGACACAUGGACUUCCAGUUUGCCAUGUGGCAAAUGCUCUACCUUUUCGUUUCCCCACAAAAAGUGUACCGCAACUUUCAGUACAGAAAACAGACAAAGGACCAGUUUGCCAGGGACGAUCCUGCAUUUCUGGUGUUACUUGGACUGUGGCUUGUUGCCUCAUCAGUGGGAUUUGUGUUGAUCCUACACAUCAGCUUCUUGGGCUUCCUGAAGUUUCUUCUGUGGGUCAUAUUUAUUGACUGCAUUGGCAUGGGUGUCCUUGUGGCUACUGCACUAUGGUUGAUCAGCAACAAGUACCUGCUGAAGCCCACUUGUCGCAGUGAGGAUGUCGAGUGGGGAUAUGCAUUUGAUGUGCACCUCAAUGCAUUCUUUCCGCCACUUGUGGUUUUGCAUGUCUUCCAGCUGUUCUUCUCUCGUUUGCUUUCACACCACAUCUCACUUCUGUUUGGCAACACUCUCUGGCUGAUCGCGCUGGGAUAUUACAUCUACAUCACAUUCCUUGGCUACAGCGCCCUUCCUAUCCUGAAGAACACACACAUCCUUCUCUAUCCACUGGCCCUCCUGCUUGUUUGCUACAUAGUGACUUUGGUGUGUAAUAUAAACCUUUGUGAGGCCCUUAAUGAUUUUUAUGCAUACAGAGUGAUGUAAGGUACAUCGAUACUUCAUGGCAGGAAGCUGUGUGCCAUGUUUUGCUUUCCUUUAUGGAAAAUGACUUUCUGAUGAUUCGUCGUAUGUCUGUGUGUUGAGAUGGUAAUUUAAAGCUGUAAAAUAUUUUAGUGGUGUCACACCUGCAAUAUGCUGUAUAUGUGUGCCCAGUGUUGAAAUAAACUCGUGGCAUCAUGUGAUGCAGUUUUCUCUAUUUUUA